UUUGACAACAGUCGGAUAGUCGCUCGCACACAUGACUGUAGUGUUUCUGUCUUCUCUCUGUCUUUUGGUUUCGGCAACAUGAUCGAUUCAAAAAUUAACCUUACUUUUGCUCGUGAUUCGUGAUGAAAAAUGUAAAUAAUGUGUUCAAAAUGAACUUGUAAAUUUUUAAUAAUUAUAUUGUGCAUCAACGAACAAUUAACUUAUCAUUGGCAGCAUACAUUUAGAUAAACUAUACAAAAAUGGGAACUGUUUACGCUAAGGAGCAUUCGACGAUGACAUACGGGCAAAUGGAUAGGAACAGUACGGUGACGGACAAAAAGUCAGUCAAUUUACAAGAGAUUCAGGCCAGAGUUGACAAAGUGAAUGUUGAGGGCUUGAAUAGAACUCAAGAAGAUAUUAUAAAACGCUCUGUAAAAGAUCUAUUCAAAGUUAAUAAUUUUGAAGAGGUGAUCAAGGAAGUGCACCGCACUCAAGUAAAAUUAGAAAGUCUUGGCUGCUUUUCGAACAUCUCAGCUCUGAUUGACGUCAGCACUGGACCCAAAGCUACUUCGCAAGGCUACGAGGUAACGUACUUUGUCAAGGAAUUGAAAAGAAUAAAAGGGAGUGUGAAUACGGUAAUUGGCAGAGACAAUGAAGGAUCGUUGGUUGUUGGCACAGUCGCUCCGAAUGUGUUUGGUCGAGCCGAAAAGCUGCACUGCGAAUUCAGCUACGGCUCACGGCAAACCAGAACUUUCAAUGUCGGAUUCUACAAACCCUUCAUAUUAGACACGCUUGCUGAGUUGAAUACGUCAGUAUUCCAAAACGAGAGUGACUGGCCUACUUCUGGGUACAGACAGAUUGAUAGAGGAACAACAAUCAGUUUGGGAUUUCCUUUCAUGCAAAAUGUUCGACACACGCUGCAGUGGGAAGGGUGCUGGCGUGAGUUGAACAUGAGUACGCGCUACGUGGCGUUCGACGUCCGCGAGGAGUCAGGCCACACGCUCAAGUCGGCGAUCAAGCACAUUCUGACGGUGGAUACACGCAACACGCCGCUCAUGCCGACAUUCGGCUCACUGCUGCAGUGCACGUCCGAAAUCGCCGGCCUGGGGGGCAACAUUCGAUUCCUAAAGAACGAACUCCUGCUUCAGCAUAACGUUGAGGUUUUCCCAGAAACGAUAAUACAAGGCUCUGUGACAGGUGGAGUUAUGCGACCUUUAGGCAGUCAAAAAGAAAUCCACAUUUGUGACAAAUUUUUCCUGGGUGGUCCACAAUCACUGCGGGGCUUCAUCACCCGUGGUGUUGGCCCAGUGGCCGAUAAAAACUUCAUUGGUGGAACGUUAUAUUGGGCUGGAGCUCUCCAUUUAUACGCUCCAUUGCCAUUCAAGCCGGGUGCGGGAGGAAUCGGAGACCUUUUCAGGACCCAUCUAUUCGUCAACGCAGGAAACGUAGGAUCUUUCAACAUCGAUUUCAGUGACAGAAGAUGGCUGCAUGCGUUAGGAGAGGGCACUCGGCUAGCGUACGGAGCCGGGCUGGCGAUCAGGCUGGGCCAGUUGGCUCGUGUCGAAAUCAAUUAUGUAAUUCCAGUUCUUUUCGAUAAAUCAGACGGCAUCAACAGAGGUGUUCAGUUUGGUAUUGGAGUACAUUUUCUGUAAAAAGACAUCAGUCUUGUAGAUUUGCUGUCUAGUCGUAUCAGUUUUGUGACAGUGACUGGUAAUAAAAUUAUCCUGUUCUAAUUUAUAAAUGCACGAAUUUAUUUAUUUGUUUAGAGUCAAUUGUAAAGAACUGAGUGUGCUAAAAUAUUGUUAUUGUUCGUUGUGUUGCUAACUGUGUUCUAAUAAAAGAACAAAAUCAUUGUCAGUUGACCAAA